AUGAUCAACUCUUUAGCAAGGUGGACGCCCCAAUGGGAGGAUGGAGUCGUCAAUUGGGGUGCAGAUAAUGGGGUGAGGUGGAACGACACUUUUGACGGGUUCGUGCAUGGUUUACGCGCCGUUCACGCGUAUCUGGGUAAAGGGCAGGAGAAGGAGGGAGAUGCCCGAGUCGACCUUUGCGUCGUAUUUGUGUCAGAGGCCCCAUGGGAGACGAUACGACCACCGUUAGGCGCGUCUCCCGACCCGUAUUUCUUUGACAUUCCUCCUCCAACGAAAGAAGCGUACAUCGCAGCCGCGCGAUGGCCGGGGUUUGUCAAGCCAGUUUUGGACGCCAAUAAACGUGACAUGGACAUGGACGCGGACUCCGACUCUCAAGAGUCCUUCCAAACCCCCUCCGAAGAAACCCGCAUGCACCUCAGCCGUCUAUUCAACCCCUCCCUUUCCCUCGCCCUCGACGCUCUCCACCCGCGCCUCCAAAAUGCCACAGACUGGGCAAAGGCAAAUGAACCACCACCAAACCUCCUCGACAACCCACCGACCACCACAAAAACCGCGGUACCCUCUGACGAGAAAGACGCGGAUAUUAUUUUCCUCCCACGACUAUCCAAAUUCAUACUUCUAGCUUCCUUCCUCGCAUCCACCAACCCUCCAAAAUCUGAUCUGAGGAUAUUCGGAAGGGGGCUGGACGAGAGGAAGAAAAGGAAACGACGCGCGUCAGGUAAACCGACAAAAACGAAAGGAGAGGUGACAAAGGUUGCUCAACACCUCCUUGGCCCAACCUCAUUCACGGUAGACAGGAUGCUCGCUAUCCCCGGUGCGCUCCUUGAGGAGAACGACGUUGAUUCCAGGAUACACGGACACGCUUCAGAGUUUAGUAUUCCGGGGGAAGAGACGAAUAUGGAGAUAUCCCGCGUUGCUGUGUAUGCAGCGGUAGUGGAGCUGACGAGCAUGCGUCUUUUGACUAGGACGUCGGCUGUUAAUCAAUUGGAUGAUCCGCCUACUUUUAGGGCUGCGGUGGGGAUGAGAUGGCGCUGUGUUUGGCAAAGGAGUUGGAUGUUAGUCUUGGGGAUCUUUUUUGGGAGGUUAUGUAGUUGCCUCAACUGGAGCAGUCGCCGAAUUCUGAGCGCUGCUUGUCAUUGA